AGCUGCAGGGGCGGAGCGCCAACUCCAGCGGGAAGACAGAGACCGCGACGCGCGGGGGAAGCGCGCUGGAGCGAGGAAGAAGGACACCCCGGAACGCAGCGCUACUGCACGAGGAAGUCGCGGUCCCCCAGGACUGAACCCGGCGGCCAGGGCAGCGGAGCGCGCCGGGAGGAGGCGCCCAGGCAGGGUCCAGGAUGGCGUGGUGACUCUCCUCAAGGAUGUGGGCGGGGUGCUAGGCUCGGCGACUCAUGACAGCAGAAGGUCUGGAUCCCCAGCUCAGAAUUCUCACCACUCCACCUGCAGUCUCCACCAUGGCAGCCCAGAAUGGAAACACUACUUUCGCACCCAACUUCAGCCCGGCUCAAGACCAUACCUCCUCCCUCCCGUUCAACUUCAGUUAUGGUGAUUACGACCUCCCUCUGGACGAGGACGAGGACAUGACCAAGACCCGGACCUUCUUUGCCGCCAAGAUCGUCAUCGGUGUGGCACUGGCGGGCAUCAUGCUGGUUUGCGGCGUCGGCAACUUUGUCUUUAUUGCUGCCCUCGCCCGCUGUAAGAAGCUGCGCAACCUGACCAACCUGCUCAUUGCUAACCUGGCCGUCUCUGACUUCCUGGUGGCCGUCAUCUGCUGCCCCUUCGAGAUGGACUACUACGUGGUGCGCCAGCUCUCCUGGGAGCACGGCCACGCGCUCUGCGCCUCUGUCAACUACCUGCGUACAGUCUCACUCUACGUCUCCACCAACGCCCUGCUGGCCAUCGCUAUCGACAGAUAUCUCGCCAUCGUCCACCCCUUGAAACCACGGAUGAAUUAUCAAACGGCCUCCUUCCUGAUUGCUUUGGUCUGGGUGGUGUCCAUUCUCAUUGCCAUCCCAUCGGCCUACUUCACAACAGAGACGGUCCUGUUCAUCGUCAAAAGCCAGGAGAAGAUCUUCUGCGGCCAGAUCUGGCCGGUGGACCAGCAGCUCUACUACAAGUCCUACUUCCUGUUCAUCUUCGGCGUGGAGUUCGUGGGCCCCGUGCUCACCAUGACCCUGUGCUACGCCAGGGUGUCCCGCGAGCUGUGGUUCAAGGCCGUCCCGGGCUUCCAGACAGAGCAGAUCCGGAAGCGGCUGCGCUGCCGCAGGAAGACGGUGCUGGUGCUCAUGUGCGUCCUCACGGCCUACGUGCUGUGCUGGGCGCCCUUCUACGGCUUCAGCAUCGUGCGCGACUUCUUCCCCGCCGUGUUCGUCAAGGAGAAGCACUACCUCACUGCCUUCUACGUGGUAGAGUGCAUCGCCAUGAGCAACAGCAUGAUCAACACCGUGUGCUUCGUGACAGUCAAGAACAACACCGUGAAGUACUUCAAGAAGAUGCUGCUGCUCCACUGGCGGCCCUCCCAUCACGGGAGCAAGUCCAGCGCCGACCUGGAGCUCAAAACCAGCGGCAUGCCGGCCACCGAAGAGGUGGACUGUAUCAGGCUCAAGUGACCGCCUGGUGCUCCGAGGUGGAAAACCCGAAAGCCAGCACUCCGAGCACAGUCCACCAGUAACCAAGUUCACACAGGCUGCCUGGGAAAAGGGCAACUGUGUUCCCACCUCACUGCCCUCAAGGAGCAGAUGCUUCUCAGUCAUGGUGGGCGGUAAGACUCAACGCAGCUGACGUGGACCGGACAGCUCCUGUGUGCCGGCCACACCAAUGAGAUUGGACAAGGCGACAGGAGCUGGCAUUUACCAGUUACUAUGUGCAAAAAUUAAACAAGAAAAAAUGUCAGAAGCUAUUGGAGUCACCAAGCGAUGGCCAGUCAGAAGCCUCACAUGGUUAUUGGCACUCACUCUGCAUCUACCUACCGUCAUUCUCUAUCUCAUCAGUUUGCAGGAAAGUCAAAAGCCUAUAGAAUAAGCCACUUAGACGUGAUGGAAAUGUAAGGAUAAGUUCGUCAGAGUGUGGGGUUUAUAGCCUCUUGGGAAGAAGGUUCAUGCCAUCACGUUGAACUUUCCCACUCAGCUCCCACUACCUCCCUAAGGAUAUUCUUCAGGAUUCUGGCUGUGAGAAAAGAAUUUUUCUCAUAACCAGGCCAUUGGUUAGCUACAGUGGUGUGAUUUCAAAGUAAAGGACCAAAAAAAAUCUCUUUUCCACUGAUGGUUGAAAGCUCAUCAUUCUUUUGGGUGAAGACAUACAGUCCUGAAAUGAGGACCACAUCCUGUCCUUGAUACAUUAGUGUAAAGGAUUCAGAGGCUGUAAUGUCAGGGAGGAAGGGGACAGAGAAAGGGGUGGAGCUUGCCACUGGCAAUGAGCAUAAUCUAUGUUGCUCUUUUACUAAGGUGUAGAUCACUUUUCUAGGACAAAUCGUCUUUUGAGAACAAAGUGAUCUCUACUUGGAACGGAAAGGCCUGGGUUCACGUCUUUAAGAUUCAUGUGACCUGGAUGCUUACUCUCUCUGUUUCUUGGUUUUGCUUCAAUGAAAUAAGGGUGAUGAAAAUACCUGUACUGUCUACUUUACAAGAGUAUUGGGGGAGCCCGCUGACGCCAUAGUUUGUGAAAGUGCUUUGUACUAUACUAGUGACAAGAAUGGCUAAGUGAUAUUGAACAGUUUGGAUAAGAGAAUCCCCAUUCACUGUGACUUAAUGUGAAGAAACACUCCCGCUUUUUCAUUCCUGUUCUUUGGACCAGGGACCCCUGAACUCUUCACAGUGCAGCCCAUCUACACUGGGGUAAAAAAAAAAAAAAAAAGGAACGCCUGUCCUGGGUUAUAAUGAGGAAGAUUUAACUUCAGAACUUCAAUGACUGCCCGCCGCCCCCCACCUCUUCAGAAGCGUUGACGGUCUUCCCUGCAUGUUGUCAAGGAGCUUGCCCCAGGGCUGCAUAAUGUUUGUAUUAGUAUACAUCGGUGAUGAUUGUGUAUAUAUGUCCUCAAUUCUUCCUUGUUCAUUUUGAAGCAGAGACUACAAAUGGUACCCGGUUUGGGACUGACUCAUCCACAUUUGGACAACUCCGACUUUUCUGUAGAGAAAAGGUUAAUGAGUUGUCUGCUUGUCUUUUAAGUGUUGGUUUGCCCAACAGUGAAGUUUCAGCCAACGUUUUCUUCCAUCACCACCCAGCAGACUCACCUUCAGCCCAAUCACUGUACCUUCAGAAAAUGCAGACUCACUUUAACAUUAGCUUAAGCCAAAUGGUUUGUAAGUUCUAAGUUUACAAAAUAUACACAAUGCGAUUUAAAGCAAGCAGCUGUUUGGGUUUGUCUGCAUUUUUACAAAUAGAAUAAUAACUAUGCUUUUAUUUAUUACCCCCAUCCAGACCCUUCUCCUAAUUAGAAGAUUCUUUAAGAGUAGACUGUGCACCAGUUGUGUGUGUCAAAAGAAUUCAGCCCUUUUUUCCUUUUUACCUGAAAUGGACCAUCCUCUUCUCAUUGAAAUUUAACCGAAAUAACUUUGUAAAUAUCGGUGUGUUUGUGAUUUUUUUCCAGGGAAUGAGUGUUAUGUUAUCCAAUUAAAUAAUUAAUAUAUGGAAUCUUAACCACAAUGUUCAAGUGUUUCCCCAUAUAUACAUAUAAGUAUAUUUACAUAUAAACAAAGUAAUAGCCACCUAAACAGUUCAAUCAUGAAACUGAGAAGAAAUUUGUUCAAGGCAUAUUUAGAACAGUGGCAGCUCAAACCAGCAUCCAGCCUCAUGUAGGUUACAUCCCUCAAGCUUACAGCCCAGGAGUGUUUUCAUGCAUGCAGAAACGAUUUUGUGCCCGUGUUACCCCUUUGUUUAAAAGUCAUCUUGUUUGUGUAAUGAAAACCGCUGUUUGCAUGGAGACUGUCCAUUCAUCUAACUGGUGUUAAGGUAAUAAAAAAUU